UGAUUUCAUUUCCGACGGCAGUCCGCACACGACGCGCACGAUGCUGCUCGCACUGGUUCUCCUGAAUGCUUUCACGAUGCUCGCGGCCCACAGGGAGAGGAGGUACCUGGUGUACCCCGACGGAGGCCCGACUCGCGCCCAGUUUAUCAUUGGUUUGGGUAUUCCAGUGGACCUCAAGGAGCAGGCAGUGACAGUGGGAACUGUCAUAAAAUUCCAAUAUUACCUUCCCUCGAACAGCAGCGAGUACACUAGCAGAAUAUACGGCUUCGCUGAAACUGUUUCCAGAGAUAUGGAUGGAAAUGAAAAUACUGAAGAUAAAAAAGAUUCUGAAUCUAGGAAAAUAGCUGCUGAUAAUGAUGCCAAAGAAAAAUCUAAAGAAAAUGACGUUGAUGAUGACGAUGAAAACGAGGAUAGCAAAGAAAGUAAAGAAUCUCAAAAAGAUUCACUAGUUGAUAUCACUUUUAAUGACAGAAGAAGACGAUCGGUAAUAUAUUCUGAAGGUGGAGCAAUACAGGAUAAAAACGAGUUGAGUUUAGACGAAGCUAUUAGUCGACAGGAGCUGAUAGACCAGAAGGCGAGAGAAGAGGAGGCGGGGCCGCAGAGAAUGAACAGAUGGGACUUUUACAAAAUCAUUGAACAUAUGUCAGAAAGAUACGGGUACUCGGGCCGUCCGUGCCUGCUCCGCACUAUCUGCGAGGCAGCUGAGAUCCCGUUUACGUACGAACACGGCCUGCUGGGUGAAAUAGCACACAUUCUGUUCACACCUUCUACAACCCAAGACGAGCUGUCCCACCACACGGACAACGAGUACCACGCGGCGGAGCGGCUCGGCCGCAGCGCCGACGGCAACUGCGAGUCUUUAUUCCCGGAAUGUGAGACCUCGGUCUUGGAGACCUUCACGGAAAUCGGCGUCGACACUUUGCAUAAAUUCGGACUGUAUUAAAAUUGUUGAGAUAG